AUGUCCCGAACUUGUGUUAGAGGCAGUGGCUCAUGCAGCUGGUUUCUCUUUGCUUUCAGUGAGGUGAUUGCAGAGGAUUCCAUAUUAUGUCUCCAGAAAGCCCUGAGUCACCUUCGGGAAAUAUGGGAAUUAAUUGGGAUUCCCGAGGACCAGCGGUUGCAAAGAACUCAAGUUGUACAUAAGCAUAUCAAGGAUCUCCUGGAUAUGAUGAUUGCUGAAGAGGAAAACCUGAAGGAAAGGCUCAUCAAAAGCAUAGCCAACUGUCAAAAAGAGUUGGCUGUCCUGUGCAGCGAGCUGCAUGUUGAGCCAAUUCAGGAGGAAGGAGAGCCGACCAUCUUGCAGCUAGAAAAAGAUUUACGCACCCAGGUGGAGAUGUUGCUUAAACUGAAGAAGGAGAGAAAGCGCGAACUGAAACUGCUUCAGGAGCAAGAUCAAGAACUCUGUGAGGUCCUCUGCGUCCCGCACUAUGACGUUGACAGUGACUCUGUCCCCAGUCUAGAGGAGCUGAACCAGUUCAGACAGCACGUGGCCACUUUGAGGGAAACAAAGGCAUCUCGGCGUGAGGAGUUUGUGAACAUAAAGAAACAGAUCAUACUGUGCAUGGAAGAUUUAGAUCACACCCCAGAUACAAGCUUUGAAAGAGAUGUGGUGUGUGAAGAUGAGGACGCUUUUUGUUUAUCUCUGGAGAACAUUGCAGCACUACAACAGUUGCUACAGCAGCUGGAAAUGCGAAAAUCACAAAAUGAAGCAGUGUGCGAAGGGCUGCGCGCUCAGAUCCGGGAGCUCUGGGACAGGUUGCAAAUACCAGAAGAAGAGAGAGAAGCUGUGGCCAUGGUUAUGACUGGGUCGAAAGCGAAGGUUAAGAAAGCGCUGCAGUUAGAAGUGGAGCGUUUGGAAGAACUAAAAUUGCAAAACAUGAAGAAAGUGAUUGAGGCGAUCCGUGUGGAGCUGGCCAAGUACUGGGACCAGUGUUUCUACAGCCAGGAGCAGAGACAGGCUUUUGCUGCUUAUUAUGACGAGAACUACACAGAAAGUCUGCUCCAGCUCCAUGAUGCUGAGGUGGUGCGGCUAAGAAACUAUUAUGAGGUCCACAAGGAACUCUUUGAAGGCGUGCAGAAGUGGGAGGAGAGCUGGAGGCUUUUCUUAGAGUUUGAGAGAAAAGCAUCAGAUCCAAGUCGAUUUACAAAUCGUGGAGGUAAUCUCCUAAAAGAGGAAAAGCAACGUGCCAGGCUCCAGAAAACACUCCCGAAGCUGGAAGAGGAGUUGAAGGCCCGGAUUGAAAUGUGGGAACAGGAACAUUCAAAGGCCUUUGUGGUAAAUGGGCAGAAAUUCAUGGAGUAUGUGACCGAACAAUGGGAGCUGCAUCGACUGGAGAAGGAGCGAGCCAAGCAGGAAAGGCAACUAAAGAACAGGAAGCAGACGGAGACAGAGAUGCUAUAUGGCAGCGCUCCCAGGACACCCAGCAAGCGGCGGGGAGCAACGCCCACCACCCCUGGGAAAGUGCGCAGGCUGAACACCACCACGUCCAAUGCCACAGCCAACAGUAGCAUGCGACCUGCCUUUGGGGGGACAGUCUACCGCUCCCCAAUGUCUCGACUUCCACCUUCUGGCAGCAAGCCAGUCCUCACUUCUACCUGUUCAGGAAAAAAAAAUCCCCGUGGUGGUCGGUAUGGAGCCGACAAGGAGAACCUGGAGCUCAAUGGCAGCUUGCUGAGCGGUGGGUACCCCUGCUCAGCCCCCCUCCAGCGCAACUUCAGCAUUAAUUCUGUUGCCAGCACGUAUUCUGAGUUUGCGAAGGAUCCGUCCCUCUCUGACAGCUCCACUGUUGGGCUUCAGCGAGAACUUUCAAAGGCCUCCAAAUCUGAUGCUACUUCUCGAAUCCUCAAUUCAACCAACAUCCACUCCUAAGAAGCCCUGACCAGACAGCUAGUGUGGCUUCCUGUGCCUAGACUGGACCUAUUGUGAGGGGUGGCUUUCAUUUCUCUGCAUUCAGGUGGGCUUGAAAUUCAACCCUGGAGAGGUUCCCUUACCACAGGCCUGACUGACUUACAGACGAAAGUCCGUCACAGCCCUAGUGGGUUCUUAGACACUUUGUUGGGGAGAUCUAGAACUUUGCACAUAUCAAUUGUGGGGAGUUUUUCCGCUGUAGCCUACACAGUGAGGCCCCUUCUUUAGCUACCCUGUUGGUCACUACGAUUCUCCCCAGAGCACUAUUAUUUAUGCCACGCCCCGCAGUCCCGCUUUCAGAGCACUAAAUGGUUCAGAGGCUGCCCGGCGCGGGAGCCCUGGUGGUUUUAGACAUGUUUAUACUUGUCCUCUUUUAAAUAUAAAUAUAUUAAGAAUAAAUAAAAUUUUGUGUGUAUUUACAUUAAAAAUAAUAUAUCAUGUUGUUUUCAAAUUUCCCCAAAUAAGGUUCUGGUUGGUUCAGUCUGUGGAAAGCAGAAAUUCCUACUUGGAAGUGUGAUUUAUUUUUUUUUUAAUAGUUUUGUGCACGUGUAAAUGAAGAACAUCUCAAUCUGAUAAAAAGGAUUGUUUUAAA